UGUCUAUGGCUAUGUCUGAAGGCGAUGCUCUCUGAUUAUACAAAGAAACUCUUUAUUUACUUUUCGUUAAAAUCAGAAUCUCGCUUGGGGAUAAAGACGAGGCAUUGUGUUCAGUGUUUCAUGAACACGAAUAUCGAUAUAGAGGAAAAGAAAAGAAAGACGAAUUUGCACAAUUUUCACAAGUCUACUUUAUCUUUAUCUUAGACGAAAAAUGUCUGACGGUAUGGAGCGAGAGAAAAGUGAAAGGUUAACUGCGAGGGAAAUCGAGGAAGAGGAAAUGAAACGUGAACUUACGGGUAUUGGGAUAUACGAGCCAGGAAUUACUUAUAAAGAAAUGAAAAGACUACUCGAAUUUGUUAACGAGUCUCAAGAUACAUCGAACGUUACUUCCAAUAAUAAAAAUACGCAGCAGGCAAUACAACAUUCCGAUAAUGAAUGCCUAUCAGAUGUUACAUCUGACAUAAACGUGCAGCAAGGAGUGACUUUGCAGAAGUGUACAGAUAUGCCAAAACCAUCAUAUUCGUACAAAUUGAAUCAUACGCCUCCAACUAUGCACGAACGUAGAGUCGUUCAUUAUAUCAACAGUCCGGAAUCUUCGCCCCUUCUUUUUGAAGUACGAAGUCCUAUUUACAAGAACUCUGAUGAUGAGCAAUUCGAGAAACAGUGCGAUAACUCCAAUUCACACACUACAAAUCGAUAUUUCUCGUUGAGAUUGGAAAAUGUUUCGCGGGGAUGCCAGAAUGCGACGGAGAAAAGAACGCAGGACACGCAAAAUGAAAUUGUCCAAAAACUGGAAAGAUGGCGAUUGAAUCCGCUCGAUAUUUGCAUCAACGAUAACGACGUGCCUUUGCGACAGCCAAAUAGAUCUUUAGCUCGAGAGCGUAUGCCGUUUGAGCAUUGUAAAGAAGCGCACAUGUCCGAUCAGUGUGACCGAGUAAUACGAUCUAUGAACCAGCAUUUGAAGGAAAUGGCAAACUUGUGGUACAAUUGGCGCCCCAUUAUCAAUCCGAUAUUUCAAUGGGGGUCACCCAUUCAGGUCAGCACCGCUAACAGUAGUUUGGAUAAAAAACCAUUAACAAAUCCUAAAACUGAACAGAUCCAAGCAGAAUGUAUAUACCGAGACGGUUAUGAGCGAGCUAGUAAACGUAAGGCGAAUACUCUCAUCGCUACUCUGAAUAGAGACAGUUCCUCUGAGAACGAAGACGAUAAUCAAUACGACUUUACUCGUAAUAAAAAAAAGAGAAUUCAAUCGAAUAAUGUAGAAUAUAUUGAGAAUCAGCAUGCGCAUGCUAGUUAUAAGAAAGAAAACGUGAUUGCAGGUAAUUCUUUCAGCGAUGAUAAUAGCAAUACGAAUAUUGACAAUGAGUAUGUUAAACAUUCACGCUCGCCUGAAUUAACUGCGUAUCCUAGAAGAAUAAGACCUCCCAAUCCUCAAACGCGUUUAAGUCUGGCUAGAAAAAGAAAGGAAAACGCUACAUCGAAACUAUUUCCAAAGACGCAAUGUGAGAAUAAAAAUGUUGAACAGGCAAGAAAUCAAAAGAAAGACAAUACAAUGACAGAAGAAGAAAUUCGUCGUCAACUAGAAGAAGAUUGGAGUAAUGACGAGGAAAAGGUGUGUACGAGGGAAAAGGAUGCGAAGUUUCCGAAGUUGCCGAUGUUGAAAGAAGUACGAUAUAGAUUACGAGACAAACGAUUGUCAUUAAACAAAAAAGCGAAAGAGGCGCGGGCAGCGGUGAAGGAGGAGAAAAGCGAUGAGGAACAAAAUAAGAUAAAGAGAAUGAAGCUUUGCGAACGACGAAAGGUAGAAGAAUUAUGUAGGAUAGAUAAUAGAAACGGAAGUUGGGAGCAUGAACUAUUGUCUGAUGAGGAUAAAUCAUCUGAGAUGAAUCAACAGUUUGAUUUUCAGAAUGGUAAUCGAUCCAAUAAUGUACUUAUUUCGACAAACAAUGUAAAUUGUCCUAUCUGCAAUAAAUGUUUUCCACAUAAUGAGAUAGAGAAUCAUGCCGCCGAUUGCGAACAAUUUGAGAUUAAUAACGAAGAAGAUGAUAAUGAAAGGAUUCAAUUCGAAUGUAAUAUAUGCAGCAAUUACAAGACAAACAAUGGAAAAGAAUAUGAAGAACAUGUUUAUCAAUGUAUAAAUAUUAAGAAUAAUCAAAGACGUUCACAUGGUUUUUAAGAUCGAAGAUUUCGAAUUUAUAGUCGGAAUUUCAAAAUUUACCAAUACAGAGGAGCGUUUGGAUUUUAAGUGAUUCGAAGAGGGGUCAUUGAAUUUAUUUUUUUCAUUAAACUCAGUUUUAGGGUCUGAGCACAAGAAUUGUCGUAACAUUUACUUAGAUUUAAAUUGUGAUGCAAGUAACGCACGAGCUUUCACGUAUGACGUACAACUGUUACAUCAAAGUGGACAUAUAAAAAUAAUGAGUUGUGAUAUUUGACAAUAUUAUCGUGUCUCCAAGAGAUGGCAAUAGAUCGUACGCCAAAGUUUGUGCGUUACUUACGUCUACAACUUAAUUCUUUAAAUAAGUCUUACGACAAUUCUUGUGCUCAGACCUUACUUGUUGAAUCCGAGGAACAUAAUGAAAAUAGUUGUAGUAUCCAGGAAAUAUAAUUUUUGGACACAUUUUAACGGAAGAAAGCAACGGUUGAUUAAAAAAAAAAUGCAACAAGUUAAUUACUGAUUUAUAAAUGCAAGAGAUAAUUUUUAUCUUUAAAAUUGCACCGAUAUGAAAAAAUAUUAUGUUUAUUAUUUUCAAUUAUUUUACAAAUCUACAAAGUUGCAAUAAAAUCGGCGAGUAAUACAAAGGUAGGGUUACUUGUAAGACCAGUUAUUUUAAAGAAUUUUAUUAAGUUUUAAGUUGCCUUUUCGAAUGCAACCGAUUAAUCCAAUCGUUACUUUCUUUUAUUAAAAUGUCCUAAGAUCAUAUUUCCUGAAUAUCAAGACUGUUUUAACUACUAGUACUUAACUAGGUAGUAGAAUUUUUAAUCAUAUUAUCAUUUUUUAUCUUUGAAUUUCAGUCUGCUAACAAAUUUAAUUCCAAUCGGAUUGAGAUUAGCCAGAAAUGUCCUUGCAGAUAUCUUCUAAGGAGAAAGAAAGAUCUAAGUCAAUUCCUCUAAUAAUAUCAAAACUAAUAUCAAAAGUUAGAGAAAAUUAAAUUAGGGAUGAACACCAUCCAGUCAGGCAAUAGGAUAAUUUUACAAAUUUAUUAGCAUCUUAAUUUCUAAAUUUGGAAAUUAAUAU